AUGACUCCUCUCAAUACUUCUCUCCCUUGUCCUGUUACCUUCUUGCUGAUGGGCAUCCCAGGACUAGAACACCUGCAUGUCUGGAUUGGGAUUCCCUUCUGCUCCAUGUACGUGGUGGCUGUGGUGGGGAAUAUGACCAUCCUGGCCGUGGUGAAGGCAGAGCGAAGCCUCCACGAGCCUAUGUUCCUCUUUCUCUGCAUGCUCUCAGUCACUGACCUGGUCCUCUCCACAUCUACACUGCCCCGCAUGCUCUAUCUCUUCUGGCUCAGAGCCCAUGACAUUGCCUUUGAUGCCUGCCUGGCCCAAAUGUUCUUCAUCCAUAGUUUUACUGCUAUGGAAUCAGGCUUCUUUUUGGCCACGGCCAUUGACCGUUAUGUGGCCAUUUGUCACCCAUUGCGCCACACCACCAUUCUCACCCAUGCUCGCAUCACUAAAAUGGGAGCUUCUGUGGUUCUCCGGGGAGUGACCUUCUUUUCCCCACAUCCCAUCCUGCUCAGGCAGCUGCCCUACUGCAGGACUCGAAUCAUUGCCCACACCUACUGUGAGUUCAUGGCUGUCGUGAAGCUGGCAUGUGUGGACACAGGGUCCACCAAGCGUUAUAGCCUCAGUGUGGCCUCUGUCAUUGGUUCCUGUGAUGGCUUUUUCAUCACUGUCUCUUAUGUCCUAAUCCUCCGUGCAAUCUUUCGUCUUCCGUCAAGGGAAGCAAGUCUUAAAGCUCUAGGCACAUGUGGCUCCCAUGUCUGUGUCAUCCUUGUUUUCUACUCCACAGCUGUCUUUACCUUCCUCACUCACCGCUUUGGCCACAAUGUGGCCCCCCAGAUUCAUAUCUUCAUUGCCAAUAUGUACCUUCUGGUACCACCUUUUCUUAACCCCAUUGUUUAUGGUAUAAGGACCAAGAAAAUUCGAGACCAUGUCCUUAGUUGUCUAAGAGUAAAAGUUUCUUGA